CCAUUUCCAUGACGUAGCAGAAACUAAUGAACAUCGUGGAGUUGAGUGGUAAUGGAUAACUGUACUGGUCAUUCACACUUUUUAUUGAGCGCUUUCUUAUUGACAUGUUUAUUUGGGCUAUCGCUCGGGACGGAACUGAGCUUUGUGACUUGCGGCUCGGUUGUAAAGCUGUUAAAUGUAAAGCACAAUGUCAGACUGCACUCUCACGACGUGCGCUACGGCUCCGGCAGCGGACAGCAGUCGGUAACAGGCGUGACCACGGUGGAGGACAGUAACAGCUACUGGAGUGUACGGGGCACCAGCGGGGCCCAGUGUCACCGGGGGACUCCUAUUAAGUGUGGUCAGACCAUCCGCCUCACACAUGUCAACACUGGACGCAACCUGCACAGCCACUACUUCUCCUCUCCGCUUUCCUCCAACCAGGAGGUGAGUGCGUUUGGUGAGGAGGGCGAGGGGGACCACCUGGAUGAGUGGACGGUGCAGUGUGGAGGGGCGGUGUGGCAGCGUGAGGAGGCUGUCCGCUUCCAGCACGCCUCCACCGAUGCGUUGCUAUCGAUUACGGGGGAGCAGUACGGCCGGCCCAUCCACGGGCAGAGGGAAGUGCACGCCAUGAUGGGCCCCAGCCAGCACAGCCUGUGGAGGGCCAUGGAGGGGGUUUAUAUGAAGCCCAGUGAAAGCCCACUAGGGAACAAGGACUACAGCCAUCCUCUACACACAGAGUUCUGAUUCAAUCAGACUACAGCCAUCCUCUACACACAGACUGACUACAGCCAUCCUCUACACACAGGCUGACUACAGCCAUCCUCUA